UGAAUUUAUCUUGUACUCCGCUUCCAUACACCGGGGUCAAUGUGAUAACAAUCAAAAUAAACUGAGCAGACCUUACACCCAGGUAUAAUACUGAAAGUUAAAGAUGGGGAUAACGGUAGAAUUUCAUGACGAUGGAUGUGCCCUUAUCAGAAUGAAGAAUGGACAAAAUCGCUGGAACUUGACGACAUUGAAUCAGCUCAAUAACGCACUGGACGAGGUGGAAAGGAACAGAUCUGCCUCGAUAUUGGUGACCACAGGCGAGGGCAAAUUUUACAGUAACGGCCUUGACCUUGAUUGGGUGAACUCUAUUGGGAGAUCUAGUGAUGCUGGGAGGAAGUUCCUCGCCGACCUGCACGACACCCUCUGGAGAAUCAUGCACUUUCCGAUUCCCACUGUGGCCUCCAUUAACGGGCACUGUUUUGCUGCUGGAGCUUUUCUGGCAUUGUGCCAUGAUUACAGAGUGAUGCGGUCUGAUCGUGGAUGGAUUUCUUGGAAUGAAACAUUGAUCAGCCUUCGAAUAACAGAUUCAUCCAUUUUACAACGGAAACUCAACCCAGAUGCUUUACGAGAAAUUAUUUUUGCUAAACGGUUGACAGGUCCUGAAGCUGUCAGACUAAGAAUUGUAGAUGAAAUUGAAGAUAUAUCAAAUUUGUUAUCUGAAAGUAAGGCAUUUGGGUUUAGGGCCCUUGGAAACAACGUUAUAAAACGUACAGACCUGCAGAACAUGAAGAAAGAUAUGAUUCCGCGCACAAUCCACGAGUCAAAACUUUGAGGAUUCUUUUUCCCCCCUAGCAUUAACCAUGCACUAGUCAGAUUUUUUUAAAUUUCUUUUUCAUACUGUGAACAAGAUCUCAUUCAUCAAACUCACUGUCCGUUACAUGGACGAUAAAAAAGCUAAUUAAUGUACAAUGUAUACUACAUGUAAUUAUUGAUUGAAAAAAAACCUUGUUUAAAAUGUUAUUUUCAUCACUGUAUAAAACAUAUUUUUUUUUUUACCUUUUCAUGUCUGCAAAGAUUUAGAUUUUUUUCUCGAUUAUGUUUUCUCUAUGAAGUGUGUCUUUGGUACAGUGAUGACCAGUAAAUCUGGUCCUUGAAUGAUUUUUUCGUAAAUCCAAGGGGAAUGUUAUUAAAAACAAUGUACAAAGAGCGCAGUUUUUAAUUUUAUUGUCUCAAAAAAUAUUGUUUCACAAGAGUGUCUAUUUACUUUCAUCAGUCAUAGGGAUAUCGCUUCAUUAUACUUCAAACAAUGUGUUCGGUCGAAAAUUCGAUAUAUCUCCGGAUUUGCAAUUCUAACAAUUUCAAGAUCUUGUGAUAUUGUUCCGAUGUACAAACCCCUACAAUAUAAACACUCGUUAGUUUAACUAUUACUGUGCGUAUGAUGGUGUGAAAAGGGUAUAGACGUUUCUUCUUUGUACAUGUAAUGUUUCAUAUGGUGUUGUGUAUUUGAAGUUUCGACAACUAUUACUUGACAUUUUGUUCAAUUUAUUAUAACUCGAAUGACAAGCUGUAGGACAACCUUUAAUUUUCCAAUGGUUCAAAGCCAAGCAUUUUCAUAACAAGUAUUUGUGCAUGUGAGAUGAACUAUCAAACACAAAAAGUGACCUUGACACUUAGAAAAAAUGGACUUAAGGUAUCAGAUGUAUGUUAAAAACUUGCAUUAAGCGGAUGUGGGCAAUCUAAAACAAUUUACCCUUCUGUGUUUAAUAAUUCAGAUGUGAAAAAGUAGAUUACACGAUGCUUUAAAUUAAACAUACAUGUAAUGAAUUGUAUAUGCAGAGCAGAUUUGUUAUAACUUUUUUGUCAUUUGUUCUUUCUUUUUGUGAUUUCUUUUAUAUAAUUUUUAAUGACGUUGUUCUGAUUUUUAACUGUAAGUGUGCAUAAUAAUU